CCAGAGAAGCUGUGGAGUUGCCUGAAACUGCCUGGAAGCCUCCUGCCUGGAAGCUAAGGGCCCACGCCCACAGCCGCCAUCAGGCGGUGAGCGUGAUGUCACAGUGGGUGUCAGGGAGCGGCCAUUGUGACGCGCGAAGCCUGGAGCAGAGCAAAGGCUGCCGGGCUCAGCCUGAGCGUCAGUGCGGCCUGGCGAGGCGUGGAGAGAGCAGGGACUCUCGCAGUGCUCGCUGUUAACGCACAUCAUGUCCGAUAGGAAGCGGAAGGCCUCCAGCUCGGAGGAGCCAGUGUGUGCGCUGUGUGGCCAGGCAGAUGUCGACCCGGACAUCUGCGGGCACACACUUUUUGAGACUGGGAUUCGUGUCCAUGAGUUCUGCUUGACGUCUGCCAACAUCACGGCUAAAGCAAGACCAGGAAUUGAGGUCCUCCCGCUUGCUGCCAUCGCACGCAAGGUCAGGCAGGCAAACAAGAAGCAAUGCUGUGUUUGCGGCGAGAGGGGGGCUGCCAUCACAUGCGCAGAGAGAGGCUGUGCACGCAGCUUCCAUCUGCCCUGUGCCAAGGACGGGGAAUGCAUCACCCAGUACUUUGGAGACUACAGGUCCUUCUGCUGGGAGCACCGCCCUCAACAGGCCACUCAGGAAGCUCCAGCACAAGGCACCAUCUGCCUCAUCUGCUUGGAGCCUGUGGGGGACAGCUUGUCCUACCACACCAUGGUGUGCCCAGCCUGCAAACACGUCUGGUUCCACCGGGACUGCAUCCAGCAACAGGCCUUGAGUGCUGGCACUGCGUACUUCGAGUGCCCCGGCUGCCGAGACUACAUUCUCUUCUGUGAAGAGAUGUCCAACAUGGGGAUCCACAUCCCAUUAAGAGACGCAUCGUGGGAGGACGAGGAGUCCUAUGAACCCCUUCUAGAGAUGCACAGCCGCUGCGAUGCCAGCCAGUGCCUUUACCACGGAGGCAGAGAGCAGGCACAGAGUAGGGGGCCCUGGGAGCUCAUCCUGUGCAGCUCCUGUGCUGCUGAGGGCACCCAUCGACAGUGCUCCCACUUGAGCAACACCACAGACAUGUGGGAGUGCAACAGCUGUGCUGGCCUGGCUACCGCCUCCAGCGCCAACGCUGAGUUCGCCGCUCCCAGCACUGCCAGCCAGACGGCUCCGGCUCCGGGUCCAUCCAGCAGCUCCAUGGAGCCUGAGACCUUUGGCUCCAUGCCCGCCAGCCAGGCACCACUUGGGGACAUCACAGAGCUCCCAGCUGCCUGAGCACAGCGACCUGCCCAGUGUGCCUGAGACGGAGCAGGGGACAAAUGGCACACGUUCACCGGAGGACCGGGCUACCCCUGAGCAGCUGCGAGGACGCCGUGGGAGCAGGCGAACAGCAGCCCCACGUGCUGAGAGCGACUCCCACGCAGCCACCAGGCGGAGGGCAUCAGGCUCCUCCAGGGCGUCUCCGGCAGCUGCACGCAGAAGACGUCGCAGGCAGCGUUCAGGAAGAAGCCGCACACGGAGCCGCUCCCCGCUGCAACGUCGGGACCCGAGCUCCCAGAGCCGGCCAAGACGACGCCAUGGCAGCAGGCGAAGGCCAGCCUCAAGGGAGCAGAGCGCCACCCGCAGAUCAACAAGAUCUGCCACUUCGAGAUCCCCAAGGGCUUCCAGAGUGCUGCCGACGCAGGGGACAGUCCAGGCGCUGAAGGCGGACCCGGACCCUCACCCAAAGCCCUCCCCUUUCUGACUUCAAAACCAUCCCCCCUUGACCUAUCGCCAUCCACCCUUGGCAAACAGUCAUACCCCCCUCCCCAUCCCCCCUGCUUUCUCUGGUCCCAAGAGUCCAACACAAUAAAGAUCAGAGAUCCCCCCCAGACAGCUGUCGGUUUCAUCCUUCCCGCUUCUGCUGACAUGGGCAGAGGUAGGGACCUUGACAACACGGUUGUCUCCUCCCCAGACCUCCCUUCACCUGGCCCAGUCCAGGCUGAGCUGCGUUCGGGCCACAUCCCCAGCGGGGCACAGGGCCCCCAUUCCUCAAGAACCCAAACCGCACUGGCAGGGGCAGCCCGGUUCUGGGCUUGGGGUGCCACCGUCUUCAGGGUACAUGGCAGGUCCAGGGCUGCUUCCAGCUGCGUCACAGCUUGGGCUUUCCUCCUGCACGAGGGCACUGCUGCCACGUCUGAGGGGGAACGUUUCUAAGCUCAGGGAGGGAAGCCUUAGCGUGGAUGCCAGGACCAAGUUCUUACACAG